AUGCCGAAUGCCUUUGAGCAGAAGAAGAUGGAAGCGGAUGCUCGACGAACUCCAUGGGCAUCAAUAUGGAUGACAAGUACAAUGUUGUUGUUAGUGGGUGUUCAAUACAGCAUUUAUUUUACUUCAACUUGGCAAUAUAUAAAAGAAGUUGAUCCAACAGCGACUUUAGAUCAUUUUGCUUUUAUAAUGGCCAUAACAAGCAUCGCUGGAGCUAUGGCAAAUCCCUUAUUUGGGUAUUGGAACCAGAAGACAAUGUCUACAAAACAUCCCGUUUGCUUAGGAUUCACCUUCUGUGCUAUUGGAAAUUUAAUGUAUGGCCUUCUUCCGGCCUUUCCAGCAAAUGCUGUGUACGUCGCAUUAGUUGCUCGAUUUCUGUGCGGAUUCGGAAGUGGAACACUAGGAGUUCUCAGAAGCUUUCUCGCUACAGCAAGUACAAAAGAAGAUCGAAUUAAGGCAAUUUCUAUAGGAACAGGGGGGUUGACAUCUGGAUUAGCCUUAGGCCCAGCUGUUCAAAUUUGUUUUCUUCCUAUCGGCAAUGAAGGGAUCUAUAUUGGGCCAGUUCUCUUCAACAUGUACACGACAACGGCUUUUUUCAUGUGCCUUGUUAACAUAGUUUUCAUAAUUUGCAUUCGUUUGUUCCUUGUUGAAGACUAUGCUGGAAUCAUCAGUGAUGAGUCGAAGAAGAGCGAUCCAUUCUUGAUUAUUCCGAAAUUUGAUAAGGUCGCUGUUGCCAUCAUGUUUUUUGUGUGGUGGAUACUUUCUGGUGUUUCAAGCACACAAGGAUUAGCGGCUCCAAUAACCAUGGCUAUGUUCAAUUGGACAAGUGAAGAAGCCGUUUUAUACAACGGAAUUAUUCAAUCCAUUGCCUGUAUGUGGUCAACAACCAUGUACAUCCUUUUCGGAACAACACGUCUGGGCCAAAUAGACAAACGAUACUUAUUAACUGCUGGUCUGACCUUAUUCCUGAGCUUCCACUUGAUUCAUAUUCCAUUUCCAUUUUAUGAUGGACCAUUAGAUCGUCCUCAAAUUAUUAAUGGCACUGAGAUGGAUCUGCUCGGUGGAUGCUCCUAUAGAUAUGAUUGGUGUGAAACGACCACAAGGGUUCCACUCUACCUCUAUCUAUUUGCUUUUUCAACUAUUGUAGGAAUAGGGUUUCCUUUAAUCUCAGCUUCAUGUAAUUCCAAACUUUCUGAGAUUAUUGGACCUCGAAAGCAGGGUUUUGUUACUGGAUUAAUGGCAUUUACGGGAUGUAUGGCUCAGACAAUGGUUCCUAUCAUAGCGUCACGUGUCUAUGCAAUAUCAGGCUUCAAAUGGAUAAUGGUUUAUCAUGUUCUAUCAUGUUCAACAGCUUUAAUAGUUGUCAUUGUAUUCCGUAAGCGAAUCAUACCAUUGAAUAUGAAACCGGAUAAGGCUAAAUACAAAUCUGGCACUUUCUACCAUUUGUAG